CGCAACGCAGUUGUAUGCGCUCUGACGUCACGGCAGACCGCAGAGGAUUAUGGGUAGACAGCGGAAGUAAGAUGGCGGAGGUGACAGAUGAGGAGAAACCUGAUGUUGCUCCUCCAGUGUUUGUGUUUCAGAAAGAUAAAGCCCAAAAGAGGUCAGCAGAGGGAUCCAGCACAGAGGAUGGAGAGGACUCUGAUAAAGAAGACUGCGGUUACAGUCCUGCUGCCAAAAGAGGAAGAAGAUGUCAUUCCGUUUCAAAGAAUAAUGUUUUCAUGCCACCCAGUUUCUGCCCGUCACCAACCGGAAACUCAGACUCAGAACCUGAAGAGAAGACUGUGGGGUUUCGCCUGAAGCCCCCGACUCUUAUCCACGGUCAGGCCCCGAGCACUGGUGUCCCCAGCCCCAAACCCAAAGAAGCCCAGCGCAGCAUCCUGAGACCUCCAGUGCUGCAGCCCCCUCCGGCGCGAUCCCCCCCUCAGAACAACACAAGCAGAAGCAGUUCAAACAGAGCUAAAAACCUCUCUGAUGGAGGAGCAGAAUGUGACGGUAACUCUGCUGGCUCACAGGAUAAUGACCUGUCUUUGGUAAAGAACAACAGCACUUUUGAGCACAAAACAGAAGACAACACUGAAGGUGCCCCAGUUGAAGGCAGUUUUGUUUUUGGGCAAAAUAUGAAAGACAGAGCAAAGGUGGCCAAUAGCUGUGUCUUAUCUGAGAGUGGAGAUUGUCCUCUGGCUGAAAAUUCAGAGGAAACAAAUUACUUCUUGCAGUGCAACUCUUCCAGUCCACAAAAACCUGAUAUCAGCAAUGCCAACAGCGUGAAGUUUGUCUUUGGGCAGAACAUGUCGGAUCGUGUCUUGGCACAGCCGAAAUUCAGCAGAGACCCUCAGCCAGAGAUGGGCCUGUUCAGCCAGAUUUCCUCCUCACAAGAUCAAACUGUGGAGAAGAGUGACACCAUGAAAGAGUCUCUGGAGGAGUCGGCGGCACGACACGAAGCACACAAACCGCAGAAGUGUUUAUUAGAGCGGGUGGAGGUCAGGACAGGAGAGGAGUCGGAGAGCAACGUGCUGCAGAUGCAGUGUAAGCUGUUUGUGUUUGAGAUGACGUCUCAGUCGUGGGUGGAGAGAGGAUGUGGAGUGCUCCGACUCAAUGACAUCGCAUCCGCUGAUGACGGCACCUUACAGUCCAGACUGGUCAUGCGGACUCAGGGAAGCCUUCGGGUGAUCCUCAACACUAAGCUUUGGCCUCAGAUGCAAGUGGAUAAAGCCAGUGAGAAGAGUCUCAGAGUAACCGCCAUGGACACAGAGGAGCAGGACGUCAAAGUCUUCCUCAUAUCUUCCAGCUCGAAGGACGCUGCGCAGCUGUUUGCAGCCCUGCACCAUCGUGUCCUGGCACUGCGGAGCACCAGCGGCCAGGAGUCUGACGUCCGUCAAGCCGUCCGCUUCAGUGAUGACGACGAGUCCCGCACGCCCCCCACAUCGGCUACGCCCGCUCCAGGUAAUCUGGAGGCAGGUGUGUGUCCAUCCACAGGGGACACAUAGUGAUGAGCCUGCUGCUGAUUUCUAUCCCACAAUGCCUCACUGCAGCCCUUUGAUCCGCUCAAAUACUAUGCAGGUGGUUUUUUUCUCCAAAAUCCUUCAGGUGUACUGUAGUCUUGUGUUCAGCUGGUUUUAUUUAUUGCAUUUUAACAGCAAAAAAUCUCAUCUUCAGGACUGGACACAUAACACUCUUAAUGUCAUCAUAUUGAUGAAAAAGAGAGGCUCUUAGUGUUUUAGUAAACUGCUUUUCCAUUCUAAAUGUGAACAUAAUUACUCCAUUUCCUGCUGAGAAACCAAACACAGAUGUUCGUGUGUCCCAUCUCAUCUUCCAUCACGGAUCUGCUCCGUUUCAGCCGCAUGAUCCCUCACUUCCUCUCUUUAGAUCUUGAGUCAUGUGGCAUUUAGUUUCCUCAUAAAGUGCUGGAGAUCAGUACAGUAUUAAAAGAGCGCUGACCGUUCAUGUCUGAUAUCUUAUAAACAUUUCCGAAUCAGACGUUUCACAAUGCAGCUUUAAGUGGACCUCAUUUAUUAUUCAUGUUAUAUCAAAUUAGUUUAGUCUCUUUAUUUAAAGGAAAAUUCACCUAUAAAUGAAAAUUCAGUUGUGACUCUUGUUGUUUCAAAGAUGAAAAUAGGACAUAUUUUUGAGGAUUCUGUCAAAGCAACAGAAUAUGGGUUUGGAUGCAUAAACGCUGACAGAGUUUUUAUUUCGGGGUGAAAUGUUUUAGCUUUUACUUAUCAUUGCGGUUAGGUUAACCUCAAACAGAAGGAACCAUUGUACAAAUACUUAGUGUAAAUUAUUCUCCUGUUUCAAUGCAAUAGUACCUUUUCACACAGUAUAUUUUUAUGAAUAUGUCCUGUAAAUCAAGAUAUUAUUGUAUAGUUUAGGAUGGAGAGUUUUAUAGCAAAAUUUCUUGUUAAUGACAUUAUCAUAAUAUGGGUUCUGUAUUGUUACUACAGUAAUACUAAAUGUUAUUUUUCUCACCUAAAUAUUUGUUUAUUGAGGAGUUUUUGUCAUAGGUUAGUGAAUAACUAAAAGAAAGUUGGGCAGCAUAUUUUAAAUGUGAUUGUGGAGCUACAGAACUGGACUAUUGGGGAAAUCUCACAGAAUCUGUCAGGGUUGCAUUUCACACUAAAAUAGGAUCAGUAAAGAAAUACUCCAACCAAACAUUUUCAUUUAUAUGAAUUUGUUUCGAAGACAAAUUCUCUGCAGUGAAUGGGUGCCGUCAAUAUGAGAGUUUAAACAGCUGAUAAAAGAAAUCACUAUAAUCCAGACGAUUAGUCCAUCAAUUAAUAUUGUGUGACGUAAAAAGAAACAAAUCCUCCAUUAAGUCAUUUUUAACCUAUUAUCCAUAAUAGAGCUUUCUUCAGUGAGAAAGUCUUAUGUGUCUGAAUCAGGAGAGAAAUAUGCACAGAUGAUUUACAAGUGAGAACAGUUCUAAACAAAUAUAUCUGUGGAUUUUGAAGAGGGAGGAGUUUCACUGGAGGAAGCAUUAUUAUGGAUUAGGAAAUCAUAUUUGGGUCAGUUUAAAGUUAAAAUGUUUUGAUGAUGAAUUUGUUUCUUAUUGACAUGCAGUUAUAUUAUUUCAUAUUAUAAAAGGUAUACAAUUCUUAAAUAUAUUCAAUUAUUUGACCGUUUUAUACAGUUAAAAGAGUUUUUAAUAAGCAAAACCUGCUUAUUAACCUACAUCUUAAGUUAUAGAGGGCAGUUUGGAUCAUUACAAAUGAUUUUAAUGUAAUUUCAAAUUAUUGUAAUAUAAUUGAAUCAUAUAUUUAAUGUAACUGAAUAAAGUAGUCAGUUAUAUUGCAAUAAUUUUUUUCCUGUUGAUUUUGUGAUGAAAUGCAACCAAGGUAUUUUUUGUGUAAUUUGCCCUGCUGUAAAGUGUUUUUUUUUUUUUGAAGAAGAAGAAGCAAAACCUGCUUCAUCUUAAAUUGUAAAGGCAGUUUGUCAGCUAGUGUGGGUCAGACGUCACUCAUGAGGCACAUUACUGCCUAACAACACACAGAAAGCUGUGACUCUCACACAAUGUAGUUAAAGGAGGGCUUUUCCCACUCUGCUGCUGAAUAUCUUCAAUAGACUGCCAGCGAUAGGUACUCAGUUGUAGCAUACGCUCAGAAUGUGAACAUAGAAAACAAUGUUAGGUGCAUUGUCUGUUUCUGACCACAUGUGCACAGGAAGCAGAUGAUGCAUUGCUCCGUCCUGCUCUUCACACACAAUCUUCAGGACAGUUGAAGAGCAGGAUGUGAAGCAUCUGACCGUGUGGAAAGACUAUGAAGAAAGUGAUGAAAUGAUCAUCCUUCAGUCUGUUUUUCACCUAUAUUUGUUCACACCAGAACAGGUUACAUUUAGUAAUUUUAUAAUAGUAUAGUCUUGAACUACAGUAUUGAUAAAAAUUAAACAAGUGAUAUGUAGAUAUGUUAUUAAACAAGCAUUUGUUACAAAUUUAGCAAGUUUAAAAGCUAAAAAAAAAUACUUUUUUUGUCCUGUUUGCAGAGGUUUUAGUGUUUAUACCGACUAUAGCACUUAAUUGUUGUGUUGUGUGUUCGUAUUUGUGUUGAACCUGCUUUCCUUCUAAUAUUGCGUUCUGUUGUUCUGCUGCAGAAUUAAUGUGUUUUUCCAUUCAGUUUGAUGUUUCUCAUCAAUACGAAAGGACUGGCAGGGCUAAAGAUUUACAAAACCCAUGUUUGCUUGCUGCGGGUUGAUUGCUGUAAAUGUCUGUAAAUGUUUACAUUUCGUGUGUUGCAGCAGAUGUACUAGAAGACAUAUUUUUCUUUUUUCGGUGGGGUUGACUGUGUAGACCUCAGAUAGACUGUGAACACGCCGGUGCUAUUUCUGUUCCAGAACAGCUCAACUGCACUGGUCUUGUGGUUUAAAUACACAAUUUUGCUCUGGUGGGAGCGUUUAGAGAUCGUUUAGAAGGGCUAGGCUGCUAUUGGACUGUUGAUUUCACUGCGAUAAGUAUGUCUUUUUGUUACCUAUGAUUUUGAAACGUCAAAUGUGGAUAUAUGUUUGGUCUGUUAGAGACAUUUCUGUUUUCUGUUAACCUUGUGACAAGUUAUAAAACCCUGUAAAAUGCAAAAAAAAAAAAAAAAAAUGCCGUUUUCCUCCCUCUUUUGUUUUUUCAUUCAUUAUCCAUCCAGCAUCAUUUUCUUUUCUCAGUAAAAGAAUAUUACAUUCAUGUUUGCAUUUAAAAUGAUUCAAACCAUUUUACUCUUCCACCUAUUCACAUCUGCUGAUUUUACAUAUGAAUUAUGUAAUUUAUUAUGCCACUCGGAAACCUGUACUGCCUUUGACUGUUGUUUGAUAAAGUCUCCUCUUCCUUUGUCUGCA